AUGUCGUCGGCAACAGCAGAUUUAUAUUUACCUGAUGAAUGUUGGGAAUGUGUUUUAUAUUUACCUGAUGAAUGUUGGGAAUGUGUCUUCAAAUUUCUCAACAAGGAUGAAGACGACAAAGACAAUAGCUACUUCAAAUCUCUCUCCCUUGUUUCCAAGCAGUUUCUCUCCAUCACCAAUCGUCUACGAUUCUCUAUUGUUAUCGGUCAUUCAUCUGUCAACCAUAGUCUAUUUCGGAGAUUUCCCAAUAUCACAUCCAUCAACCUCAAGCGCCGCCUCUGCGAUUACACGGAGUUUCUUCAUCGAAUCUCUCGUUUUCCUUUGAAACUCAUAUCCCUCAAUUGUUCCAAUAUGGGUUCUAUCAAGAGCACUGACUUGUUACUAAUUGCAAACUGUUUUCCUUUGCUCAAAGAACUUCAACUCGGGAGAAUUGCACUAUUCUGCGAUGAGAAUAACUACAUUGAUGAGCAUCUCCAAGUGGCCAUCAUAUUGGACUGUUUUAAAAUAACUAUCGCCGGUAUCAUUUCUGCUCUCCAGAGUGUGGAUAAUUUUAAUUCUUUAAUGGUUGUAAACCCUAAAUUAAAGUCUCUAUGUUUGGCUAGCAAUACGCGGUUAAGUGAUGAAAGCAUCGUAGUCUUGACUUCUAUUUUCCCUAAUUUGCAACUACUUGAUUUAAGUUACUGUAAUAAGAUAUCUCAAGGUAUUUGUCAAGUUUUAAGGGGAUGUUGUAAAAUUACGCAUUUGAACUUAGCCGGCUGUUCAAAAGUGAACCUGCUUGGAAUGAGCUUUGAGGCUCCUAAAUUGGAGAUGUUGAGCUUGUCACAUACAGAAGUUAAUGAUGCAGAACUCCGUGUCAUCUCAAAGAGUUGCCGUGGGCUUUUGCAACUGUUACUUCAAAAUUGUAUUUAUGUCUCAAAUACGGGAGUGAAACAUGUGGUAGAAAACUGCACUCGGCUAAGAGAGAUUAGUUUGAAAGGCUGCUAUAAAGGGCAUCCUAAUGUUGUUCCCUCAAUGAUAUUAUCAAGGUCAUCAUUAAGAAAAAUAAUUGUUCCACCUCGUUAUCCUUUCAACGACGGAAAGAGGCAACUCUUAAUUCAUGGAUGCCUUCUUUGCUAG